AUGUCAGCGCUGGGACUAGAGCAUGAGGGGAAGCCUAACCCGCUGGGUUCUGAGGGGAGCUCGGCAGUCCAUGUGCGGCAGUGGCAACUUGAACCAGAGACUGAGUAUAGGUUCGAACUUGACCCAGGUAACUCAUUGGCCAUCAAGCUUGUAGAUGGCCAGGCGGAGAUAUUUGGAGCGGAACUCGCGGAGGGAAGCAUUUAUGUGUUCGGCAUGGAAUGCAAGGCUGCGGUGUACACCUGGCAGGGGUGCACAAUUGAGAUGACGUCGACUGAAUACAUAUCUGAGGAGACGCCCAUGAACGCGUACGCAAAUGUACACCUCGCCCUGGAACAAAUGCGUGUUCGUGCACUACGUGUGAUUCACGGAUCCCCCCCGUCAGAUGAUGAUGAGGCCGACAUGGAUCCCAAUCCCGAGCCUCCCCGUGUGUUGGUUCUUGGACCUGAAAAUUCUGGGAAGACAACCGUUUCGAAAAUACUUGUCAACUAUGCGGUGCGCAUGGGACAAGAUUGGAAUCCAAUUUUUGCCAAUGUGGAUCCCGGUGAAGGUGGUUGGGCAGUUCCUGGAGUUAUUUCGGCCGCGUCAAUUACGGCUCCUCUACAGACAUCCUCUCCUGCCGCGACCUUGGGGUCUGCAGCUACCUCCGCGCCCGUUCACCUUGUAUCAAACGAGUUACUUCCACUUUCGUAUUGGUAUGGCCAUGCGGAGACGCGAAGGAAUCCUCUACUCAUGGACAGGUUGAUUCGAAAUCUCGGAGAAAAUAUUGCAGAGCGGUGGGAUGCCGAUGCUGAAUGUCGAGCAGCGGGUCUGAUUGUAGAUACCCCUGCCUCUUUUGCCUCGAGUUCUGGGCCGCAGGGAGAUCAUAGGCACGCACUUAUCAAAGCGUGCGUAGAUGCCUUUAGAAUCAAUGUGAUUCUGGUGGUGGGUCAUGAAAAACUCAAUGUCGAGAUGCAAAGAGCGUAUGGAAACCGAAUAUCGAUCGUCAAGAUUCCCAAAUCCGGUGGUGUGGUCGAAUUGGACAGUAGUUACCGCGAGCGUGUACGGAAGUACCAGCUACAGAAUUACAUGUACGGCAAGGUCAUUCCCCCUCCCCCAGGCCUUAGCGCGUUGCCAUAUCUUCAGGGAGGCGAGCAGACCUCAGACCUCACCCUUAACCUAGCACCGUCGUCAUCGGUGAUCAUGUUCAGUGAUCUUGUUAUAUAUCGCAUUGGUGAAGAAACGAUGGCUCCGACGUCUGCGCUACCUAUUGGUGCCGCACGGGUUGUGUCGGAGAUGCAGCCGCUUAUAGUCGAUCCCGCACAGCCUGGCUCCGGCCUCUACAAUGCCGUCCUCGCACUCCUGUCGCCCCCCAAUCCGGACGAAUCGGAGCGUUACGACGAAGAGAUUCUUGAUCUGAGCGUUGUUGGUUUCUUGGUGAUAACCGCUCUAGAUAUUCCCAACAAACGGAUGACAGUCCUCGCCCCAGGGCAAGGGUCUUUUGCGGGCCGUACUGCCAUUGUGGGGUCAUUUGAAUGGCAGGAGUGA